AUGGGAGAAACCCUGUGUUUGCAAGGAGUGUGGGUGAAGCUUCAGAUAGAAGUGAGUUUAAUUAGAGACCUGCGGACACACAGGGAAGAAGCCCCGUUUGUGGGGGGUGUGGGUGUAGCUUCAGUAUGUGGUUCAAUCUCAUCAGACUCCAGGAGACAGACAGGGGAUAGCCCCAUUCAAUGGGGAGUGUGGGCAAAGUUUAGAAGUGCUUUCUCAGCAGACAACAGCAGACAAACGGGUGAAGACCUAUGUUUGUGGAGAGUGUGUGGAAAGUUUCAGUCAGAAGUCCCAUCUAAUGCCCAUCAGCAGACGAGUGGAUAA